AUGGAAAUAAAAUUUGACCCGACUCGCAACAAUGGUGAACGAGUGAGGGUCAAUGGAGAUUUGGGUGUCGUACUAGUAACGGAGGACUCGAGUGAUAGCGAUACAGAAAAACAGAGCGCUAUAGACACUUUGUCAACACUUCCGGGUCUCCAAAAUUCGUCUGCCCCUGUAUUUGGAAGUGUAUCGGUUAGCGAAUCAGAAAAUGUGCAUUUCGGCAACAACACAUACUUUAAUGGUCCUGUAACAAUUAAACAGAUUAUAAAAACAAAAUCUGGGAUUGAGAAUGAGUCGUACACAAAAGACGGCGACGAGGACGGAAGAGCUGUGCCUCCUUCUAAGGAGAAUUCUGUGAAACCACUCCAAGUUCUUCCCUGGAAUAAACUGGCUGUUAUAGGAGUAUGUGUAGGCAUUGUCAUUAUUAUUGUGGUUGUAACAUUAACUGUGAAUCAACCGACAGAGGCUUUACAAAAAUCUGGUGUGAGUAAUUCGACCUGCAACACGGUGUAUGUGGUCUGGAGUGGUUUUUUUCAAGCGAUAAUCGUGUCAGUCGUAGUAAAUUUAACACUCAUAAUGUUUAUCCCAUUACUAAUAAGGGGACUUGGUACGGUUAAGGAAAACAAAGUUCAACAACACAAAGCGGGCCCAAUGAUAAUAUCGCCAGCCUAUCUGCGGAUAGUUAAUCGAUCCGAUUGGCUGUCGCAACCAGCGGAGGGACCGCUGGAUCCCUUGCGUUUGCCAGCACCCUGGGUCAUCAUCACCCACACAGCGACGGAGGCGUGUGAUAGCCAGAGUCAAUGCAUCCUUCGAGUCCGAUCAAUACAGACCUACCACAUAGAAUCGAAAGGCUGGUACGACAUCGCUUACAAUUUCCUGGUGGGAGGUGACGGUUCGGUCUACUACGGCCGAGGGUGGGACUACAUGGGAUCCCACACCCAGGGCUACAAUAAGUACUCUAUAGCCAUUGCGUUUAUAGGAACAUUUAACACGGUCAAACCUCCUAAGAGGCAGGUGGAGGCAGCUGAGAAGCUCAUAAAGAUCGGCGUUCAAUAUGGCAAAAUUGCGAAGGACUACAAGUUACUAGCUCAUAGGCAGCUAAUGUCCACACUUAGCCCGGGCGAUGCCGUCUUCGACAUAAUUCAGACUUGGCCCCAUUUUGUAUCUAAUUUUACCUCGGAUCAAACGAUCCUGCCGAAUUAUUGA